GAUUUUCUUCUUAUUUUUUUCUUUAGCUUAAAGACAUUAGCAGUAAAUAGAGUAUCAUUUUCAAAAUAUUGCUUUUUAUUCAGAAGUGAAUUACUUUAUUAAACGACGAAUUGUCACAUUUAUUUGCUUUAGGAAUUUUAUCUCAAAUAAUAUGUGAAGAAGCUGAACAAUCCUCUACAAAUGGCUCGUUUGUCGCCAGUCUGGGUUGUGAUAAUGACAUGGAAACAUACUCCCUGACCAAUGAUGACAAUAAUCAGUCGUGGUCUGUCAAGCUGGAUAAUGUUUACAGAGUUGAUUGGAUCUUUCUUAAAACUAAUUCUGAAGCAUACCAAGUCUACAUUGACUUAAACGAAGCACCUCCAGUAAAAUGUGCGGAUGUCCUCAGGCCUAUAUAUACAAAUACAGCAUCUUUGCAUCAACUAAUAUUGUGUGAAUAUCCAGGUCUUUCAACGACGAAAGGAAACAUAAUCACCAUCAAAGGAAAUGGACCAUUGAAAGUGUUUGAAAUGAAACCAAUAGCUCUUUCUCCAUUCAGACCAAAUAUGGUACAGAAUUUUUCGGAUUUUGGGGAACCAGUAUUCAGAGCUUUAGAUGGCAAUAUAGACACUUACUUCCAAUCAGAGAAAGGAGACAACGCUUCAUGGAUAUUAAGAUUAGAUAGACGCUAUGAAAUGAAGUGGAUUUUGUUAUCAAUUAGAGGUGGUACUUAUGAAGUCCACAUUAAAGAUAGCGAUACAGAAAUGAAUUCUAUAACACUGUGCCAGUCAUUCACCCUGUUGGGAUUAAAGGAACAGAAGAAAGAAAUAGAGUGUCAAAGGGAAAUGACAGGAGAUACUAUUGUUAUCAAAAGGACAGAUGAAGGAGAACUGAGACUGUUUGAAGUGUAUCCAAUAAUUUGUCCCUCACACCAUUAUGGACCAAACUGCGCUAAGUGUAGAAAUGAGUGCGAUUCGUGCAGUCAAAUAACUGGCGAGUGUCAUCAAUGUCGUGAUUUGUUCUAUGGCGACUUCUGUCAGCACGAGUGUUUAGAAAACACUACAUGUGAGCAAACAACAGAGAAAUGUACAGAGUGUAGCGAUGGACAGUGUUGUGGCCAAGACGUCAUUACAGAAUUUAUAUCAAAAGUUAAAGAUGAAGAAGACCCUAUCCAAACCACACUACUACUGGCUGCGCUCUUAGGACUGGUUUUCAUUUUGAUCUCCGUUGUGUUUGUCAUCUUCCUAAAAAGGACAAAAAAUAUAAGCAGCAAGGAAAUUGGAAUCUCAAUGGAACUUCAAAGAGUUCUGUCAAAUGAUAUGUCUGAGUUAGAAGAAAUUCCUCAGAACGAGGCAGAUUACGUAGAAGAGGAAGCCAUUACCGUAGAGUAUUGCAAUCUGACGUCACGAAGGGUCUCCAUAGAGCAAUUCAUUAAAGCGUUACCAGAGAAAAAGCGCAAUGGUACACUGAAGAAAGAAUUCGAAGAUCUUCCUUUUGGAUUACUGGAAUCCCAUUCGCAAGCUCUAAAAGCUCAAAACAUAAGGGAUAACAGAUAUAAAGGAAUUUAUCCUUAUGACUAUAAUCGCGUGAAAUUGAUCAAACCAGAUGCAGCAGAAAACGAUGAUUAUGUUAAUGCAUCCUACAUUUAUGGAUUCAACAGAGAACGUUCAUAUGUAGCUGCACAAGGCCCCUUCAAUCCCAAGACAUUAGAGAAUUUCUGGAAGAUGAUAUGGCAAUGCAACUCCACAAGAAUUGUAAUGCUGACCAAUCUGUACGAAGGCGACAGGAUGAAGUGUCUAAAGUACUGGCCAGAUACAGAGUUUGAUAUUGGUCCCUACACUAUCAGACUAGACUCCUCUGAUGUCUUCAAUUUUUACGUUAUACGUCAUUUGGUUGUCCAACACAAGGAGGAUAUUAGGAGAGUGACGCAGUUUCACUUCACCACGUGGCCUGACAACUCAGUCCCCGAAAAUCUGACAUCACUCAUCUGUUUCCGUAACCUGGUCAAGAAUGGUCUGACUUCAACAGACGGGCCCAUUGUCAUCCACUGCAGUGCAGGGAUAGGAAGGACAGGGACAUUUAUCGCCCUUGAUUAUCUCCUGGAAGAGGGCGCUGCUGAACAUACAAUUGACGUCAAAGGAUACAUCGCUUCUCUCCGACAUCAGCGCGGGAAAUCAGUACAGACAUUUGAGCAGUACAUUUUUCUUCAUGAUGCUUUAAAAGAGGGGUUAACAAAUAAUGCAGUUUGCCAGAGCUACUUGUCUGUACUUUAACCUGUAAUUUCUAUUGUACCUGUGAAUGAGCAGACUAAAUGAAACCAAGAAAAUUAAAAUUGUUCAAACAAUUGUCAGAUGUAAAUGCGGAUGUUUUGUAAAAACAAGUUUUGAUUGGCUAGUGCACUGAUGUUUGAAGCAGUAAAACGAGCAUUAAUGGGAGAGAAAGCUUUUCAUCGUGAUAGGCAGUUGCAAUAUUUCAGAAGUACUUGUAGGCAGUGCUAAGAGUUAUGUGUAAAGUCAGAUUUACAAUGUAUAACAUAACGCAUUUAAAGUUGUGUACUGAAGAAUCAAAUAUUACAUGGAAAAUCCCAGAAAAAUCAAGUUUUUCUACAUAUAUACAUAGUUUUACUUAAAAUAUGAUAUUCCUCGAACAUUAAUAUACACGUAAAAUUGAUUUAUAUAAAAAAGACAAUAUCACAAGUUUUUAAAAACACGAAUUUGUUUAAAGUGCUUCACAGAAGUUAACUUUGUCAGUGUUUCAAGCGUAGUACAACUCGAUAAUUAUUUUUUUUUUAAUUUGAUUUCCUCAAUCAAAUAAAUAUUCUUUGUUUACAUAUUCUAUGUUG